AUGGCAGACGCCGGUUUGAGGUGAGCAGACGCCGGUGUGACAGGGCUCCACUGGCCCCCGCGGAGGCUCCUGCUGAGCCGGCUCGUCCUCAACCCGGGGACCCUUGGCUGUCUCAGGGUGCAAGGCCAAAGCGACUGCAAGCUCCCGCACUGGACUUCACUCCACACCCGAGGUUCGACACACGGAGUUCCACCACACGGUCCACAGCGGCUGCAAAGGGGAGGACCAGCCUGAAACCCCAUUUCGAUCUCCAGCUAUCCUCAAGGUAUGAUGUGCUCAGUAUUGCGGAUUUUCCUCCGCUGCCAGGAAGGCCGGAUCCGGGCCCAGCUGUUGCCGGACGGAGUGCAGCACCUCCUCCGUCCGCAGAUGGGAACGAGGAGGCGAACGGGGGUACGCACACGGGGCCUCGGCGCCCCCCUCCCCGUCAUGCCAACUGCUCGACCCGGUGCAAACCGGCUAGGGAACCUGUGCGAAGGCGCUCCUCUGGGAACAGAGGUUCUCAGAGGUUUUAUUGACAAUUUUAACUUAUAAUAUAUAAUUUAUACUUAUUAUAUAUUUAACUUAUAAUUUUAACUUAUAUGAAGCCUAGAAAAACACGAGUCUAGGUCUUUUUUAGAGUUCUCUGAAUGAAAUCAGACAGUAAACUCUAAAAAUUAAGAUGGUUAAAGAUGUUUUGUGAUGAAAGAAGCUGCACUCUAGUCACUGUAAUCCAUGUGGCUCCAAAUCGACUGAAGUUCAACUCCUCUAACUCUUAUUUCUAUUUUUAAAUAUAAAAGGUGAUUGUGUUAUGCUCUGGGUUUACUCUUGUCAGUCACUGUGUUCACAGAGAAAAUGACCAUAGACAGUGAUGUAUCAGAGACAGAAGAGGAGGAUGGUGCUAUGGAGAUGGAUAGAUCGCUAUCACAUUCACCUUCACCCUCAGCAUCAUCAGGUAUGUAGCAGAGAGGCUGUGGCUGGCUCACUAAACAGUUCAAUGAGGAAAUUUAAUUCCAGUUAGUUGGCUCCCCAGAAAAGGUUUAUUCUUUUGAUUGGAUUCAUUCAUUAAUACUUAAGAUAAGAACUUUAUUAAUCCCCAUAGGGAAAUUCAAUUGUCUGUUGUCUCACAUAUUACAGGGCUUCGUAGGCUGGCAGAUCCGGUUGACAUCGAUGACGUGAUGCCGUGUGUCUCCUCUGUGUCUCCUCUGUGUCUCCUGCAGCAAUAUGAUUAUGACAGCAGCACGGUGAGGAAGAAGAUCUCCAGAGAGGCUCUCGUCUCCAUCACUCUGCCCUUCACCAAGAAGAGCCUGGCCUCCACCUGCAAAGCUGUGAGUUUUUUACUGUCACCUGUUGACCUGUUUUUGGAUUAGAUGUUGUGAAAGGAAGUCCAAACAGACGGGUCCUUCACCUGGACCUUAACAAGCUACAUGUUCCUGCUCUAAGUCCGUUCUCCAGUGACCGCUGUCUCUGUCCUCAGGAGCUUAAAGAUCUGGAACAGACCAUCUACCCCGAUCACGUCAACUUUGUCAAUGUGGACAAUGUUUAA